AUGGAACAUGGUCUAUUUACAACAUCAUUCCACUACAACACCCUUCCACUACAACAUCCUUCCACUACAACAUCCUUCCACUACAACAUCCUUCCACUACAACAUCCUUCCACUACAACAUCCUUCCACUACAACAGCCUUCCACUACAACAUCCUUCCACUACAACAGCAUUCCACUACAACAUCCUUCCACUACAAUAUUCACACACUAUAAAUUCUUUCCACUAUAACAUCCUUCCACUUCAACAUUCUUUCCACUACAACAUUCUUCCACUACAACAUCAUUCCACUACAACAUCCUUCUACUACAACAUUCUUCCACUACAACAUUCUUCCACUACAACAUCCUUCCACUACAACAUCCUUCCACUACAACAUCCUUCCACUACAACAUUCUUCCACUACAACAUCCUUCCACUACAACAUCCUUCCACUACACCAUCCUUCCACUACAACAUCCUUCCACUACAACAUCCUUCCACUACAACAUCCUUCCACUACAACAUCCUUCCACUACAACAGCCUUCCACUACAAUAUUCACACACUAUAAAUUCUUUCCACUAUAA